GCUGUAGUACGAGAUGAGAGAUUAGGACUACUCCUGCUGUAUGCCGACCGGAGAGUGCAGGAAACCUGGGCGAGAUCAGGGGAAGAUAAGAGCUGAGAGGGAACUUCGGCGACCAUGACAGCCCACACCGGACUGUGGAGGACGGUGGCUUGCGUCCUGUUCUUUCAAGAUGCCCUCAGCGGCGCCCUCUUCCUUCCCGUGCUUCCGUACUUGGUCGGACAGCUGCUAGGCAUGGAGGGGGACACCGUCGGCUUCUUGACAGCUUGGGUAGUGGCUGUUCUGCUGGCGUCGUACUACGCGGGCCGCUCGGGAACUCUCACCGCUGCGGUGCGGUUCUGCUCAUCAGGAUCGUCGCGGGCACCAGCAGCGAUACCUCCGUCACUUCUGACUGUCGGCGUUCUGCUGGUGCUCUCCGCCUCGGCCUACGCAGGGUGCGGCACCAUCGUCGUCGUUGUCGAUCACGAGCAGCAGCUUACGACGUCGAGGGUGUACGUGUUGUUGUAUUUCUGCCUGUUACGAGCGUUGACCGGUGCUCUCGCCGCCGGGCACAGAAUGUCAGCUCUCCGUUGCCUCGAUCACGCCGCACUUCUGGAGUCAGCGCCGACGACUACCACCACCGCGGCAAAGCUCGGUAGUAGGUCUUGGCAAGAGUCCGCGGGAGCCGUAGGUGGCCUCGUAGCGGGCUGCACCCUAGCCGGCGGCCUGUUCGAGUACUCCGACCCCUCCCGGCCGACGCUCCUCCUGUGCCUGGCGGCGGCGGCGGCACACGCGGCGGCCUUGCCGCUGGUCCUCUUCGUCGCGAGGAGGAACUGCUGCAGCAGCAGAAGCGGCACGAUCGACGGCGGCGGUGGGUACUACACCGUGCAGGGGACGCCAGGCGGGAGCGAUGCCGAGGUCGAGCUGAUGGGACGUCCACCGUGGAGCGCCCGUGAUGAUUCCUUUGACGGUGGGAGAGGUGAUUCGAAUGCUGCUGCCGGUACCCCGGGCGCGGGCAGAAAGGAGAGGGUAGUGGACGUCCCAGGGCGUUAUCUCCGAGGGUGUGCCGGGGACCCGGUCGAGGCUGAGCGACGCUGGAGGCUGACGUUGGAAUGGAGAGCGAAAGAGCGAAUCGACGAGGUCUUGCGAGAGCCCCAGCCGCACUUCGAGCUGAUCAAGCGCCACUACCCUCACUACAUCCAUCGCCGGGCGCGCAACGGGUGCCCCGUGUGGAUCGAGCUGCCCGGCCGCAUCGACCUCCCGGCGAUACGAUCGGCCGGCGUGAGCCCCGAGGCCCUCCAGCGGCACUACGUCUUCGUGACCGAGUACAUGUGGGGGGUUCUGGAGCCGGACUUCGAGAACGGGCAGGCGGUGACGGUGUUGGAUGUGCAAGGGCUGGGGAUGCGCGAUCUCGCGGGGGAAGCCCUGGGUUUCGUCAAGCAAGCAACGGCAAUCAUACAGGAUCACUACGUGGAGAGGAGCAACCGUAUGUUCAUCGUGAACGCACCGUCCUAUUUCAGUCUCAUCUGGCGUGUCAUUCGCCCGAUGCUCAACGAGCGGACCCAGGCCAAGAUCGGCAUCAUCAACACGGACGCCAAGAAGAUCGCGGCGGCGCUCCUGGAGUGCAUCGCCCCGGAGAACCUGCCCCGGCAGUACGGCGGCACGUGCCCCCUAGACUUGGGCGAGAGCGAGGAGGAAACCGACCUGCGCGCGUACGUGGCGAGCAUCGCCACCGCCGCCGCCGCCGGUCCUGGUUCGCACGCCGGGGCGCCGCCGCCGCCGCCGCCGUCCGGUUUAGAAGCGCUACGGUCCAACGAAGAAGCGGAGGAGGAGGUCGAGGUUGAUUUCCGCGCUCGUUCGGAGCCGAGCGCGAGAGCGGGAGAGGUAGGUCCCCGAAAUAACGGCUUGGCGGCGGCGGCGGCGGCCCGCGCGGUGACCCAGGGCAGAGGUCCGGCGGAAUCGGGCGUGCUCGGCGGCGGAGGCGCCGGGCUAGAAGAAACGGGCGACGGGGGUCUGGUUGCCGCGGGACGGCCGCCGGGCGCCGCUCGGCGUGUUCUUGGCUCGGUGCGCGGGGUGCUGGGCUGGGCCGGGGGAAAGCUGGCGUGGCGGCGCUCCACCGUCGCGCACCUCGGGCAGGAGAACGGAUUCCAGUACGACUCGGAGCAGCACCGGUGGGUUCUCCGGGACGAGAUGGGCGGCGGUAGCGGGGGAAGGGCGGGGGCGGUGGAAUGGGGAGAUGCGAGUGAGCGUGGGGGGGAGAGGGUGGGGCAGACGGCGUCGACUCGGCGGGAACGCGGUGCGAGCGUUUCUUCGGAAGACAUGACGGUCUUGGCCAUACAGGCGGCCCACCAUUCCUUGGCCGAGGCUGGCUUGAAACUCUCUUCGGUGCCGAGCGAAUCACCGGCGGUUCUCGGCAGUAGCAGCGGUGUCACCGCCGCCAGAGACGAUGGAGGGUUCCCCUCCCGCCUGUCCUACGGCGGGAAGCACGAGACGUUUCUGGGCGGGGUAGCCGCUGGAGAGGACCACCACUGUUACUGCUACCCGCAGCGGGUGUCCAGCCUGGGCGUGCCGUGCCCGUGCCUGAGGCCGCUCGGGCGCCGAGCCUCGCGGCCCGACGUCGCCACCGUUCUCUACGCCUCGAGCGCCGCCGCGCGUCGCCGCCGCGAGUCGGGCUUGUGUUCGCGGCGGGGGCGCUAG